AUGGGCAAUCGACUUGGUGGACUGCAAAGAAAACGCGAAAAGCCCGAACAUGCGGCGAUGAAAGUGUCGAUGAAACGUGUGAAAGGAUUGGAACACGUGAAUAAACUUCCAAAUAUAAUCCCACGACGUCAUUGCCUUCUUCGUCUCCUAAAGCAAAAUCGUGUGCACGAUUAUUUGCUUCUUGAGAUAGAAUUCAUUAAGCGUCAGAAUUUGUUCAAAUCAUUAGAGAGCCAAAAGAAAGAGGAGAGAAAAGUCGUUCAGCAACUUCGUGGAACUCCGACAACAUUAGCCAAAGUGCACGAGUUGUUUAAUGAUGAACAGCAUGCUGUGGUCGUUGUUGAAGGCUCGAAGCGAGAAUGGUUCGUGCCGAUUCUAUCUAUUGUUGACAAGGACCUCUUGCACUUGAACGCUCUUGUGAUGGUGAAGGCUAGUGGAAUGUUCAAAAAUGUUCCAACAGCGAUAGUCGGUGUGUUGCCAGAUACGACGGAUUCGAGCGCCCUGGGUCACAAACUUGACAAACCACCUAAAGAGACAUUUGAGGACAUUGGUGGAUUGGAAGGCCCUAUCCAGGAGAUGAAGGAAUCAGUGGAACUCCCCUUGACUCACCCUGAAUACUACGAAGAGAUGGGUAUUACUGCUCCGAAGGGUGUGAUUCUCUACGGAGAGCCUGGCACUGGAAAAACUCUACUAGCCAAGGCGGUUGCCAACUCUACAUCCGCAACAUUUAUUCGUGCCACCGGUGCUGACUUAGUGCAGAAAAAUUCCGGCGAUGGAGCUAAACUCGUCAGGGAGCUUUUCAAGAUGGCAAAGGAUAGUGCUCCGUGCAUAGUUUUCCUUGAUGAGAUCGACGCAGUUGGGACGAAGCGAUAUGACACGUCGAGCAGAGGCGAACAGGAGGUGCAACGCACAUUGCUCGAAUUAUUGAACCAAUUAGACGGUUUCGAAAGCAGAGGAGAUGUUAAGGUAAUUCUCGCAACAAACCGAAUCGAUUCGCUUGACUCUGCCCUAUUGCGUCCUGGACGUAUUGACCGAAAAAUUGAGCUGCCUAAACCAGACGACAAAACUAGGCAAAAAAUCUUCUCGAUCCACACGUCAGGCAUGAAUUUAGCAAAAGACGUCUCUUUUGAAGCGGUGAUGGCAAAGGAGAAAACAAUGUCCGGAGCUGAGAUCAAGGCUGUGUGCACUGAAGCGGGUAUGCUCGCACUUCGAGCGCAAAGGAAGGUUGUAUGUGCUGACGACUUCGAAAAAGCUAUCAAAAACGUGAUGUUGAAAAACAAAGGCGGUGCUCCAGAAGAAUUCUAUGCUUGA